GAGUCAAACUAGAAAUAGCUAGAAAUUGUUGAAUCACUAAUAAAUUAUUUAUUAAAUUAAAAAUUGAAAAAUAGAAAAUCAAUUGAAAAAAAUAAGUUACGACACGCCCGCACACGAUGUCCAACAUACCCGAUACACCAUAUUUUUGUAUAUUAAUAGAUAAUUCUAGACCGGCCACUCCCGACUGUGUCCCGAUGUACACCCGAACCAACGAUUGUUUUCUAACGUUUCGUACCCGAGACCUGCUCCGGGAUCAUCUAUUGAACGACCAUUUGACUAACAGUGUUGCCGAUAAAGAUGCUGUCGAUAAGUUUAUGGUACGGCAUCUGGAGUACCAGGAUCAGCUGAUCAAAACUAUGUCCGAAAGUAUUAAGACUAUACCCGAUAGGAGUAAAACCAUUUACGAGGGCUGUCCCGCAUGUGAUCGUAUUAUGAGUGUUUUCGACAUUAGGAAUGAGCCGAACGCUAAACAUGAACUGGUUAUACGUAAUAUAGAUAAGGAUUAUUCGGGAAAUAAUGUCAACCAUAUUAACCCACAUAUUAAAUAUUAUCCAUUUGAAUGUCGUAAGUGUGAGGAAGAGAUAAAAAAUACUGAUAAAAAAUUAGAUAAUGAAUACCGAGAAGUGGUUAAAACUGCUGUGAAAGCAAUGAUGAGACGACAUAUUAUUGAUAAACAUUUGCGAACAUCGAAACUGGAGAGACACGCUUUGGAGGUUGAGGUCGAAAAAUGGACACAACAGUUCAAAGUAGUUGAAUUGGAUAAAUUGUCGCGAAAAGAAAAAGAGAUUAUUCCUAUUCCUCCAAAUACUAGACAAUUAAAACCCAAAUCGAUUCCCGGUCCGCUACGAGAGCCGACAACACUUCUAGUCCCCCAAUUAUCGCUUAAAUCGAUACAACCAUCUGUUACCUAUACUAAACCUCAAACUAUAACACCGAUGGCCGCCGCGUCAAUGAUUAAAAUGCAUACAAUUCAAAUGACCAAAAGUGGCCAACAAACACCAAAACAGGUGCUUAUCAAAGUGCCACCAAUGGCUACAACUAGCUAUCAAUUAUCAUCCAUCAAGACGUCCACCGCCGAUAACAAAUCGAUACCUAUGGCCACCACUACACGAUUUGUACAGGUGCCCAAUAACACUAAUUUAUCUAAUAUUCCCAUACAAUUUGUACCGUAUAUCGACACCAGCAAAGCCCAAACCACUACAACAAUGUCCACUAGUCUGAAACUAUCGGACAGUAUAAUCACAUUGAAACCUACCGGUUCGCGUUCGGUAAUUAAUUUACAGUCUAUGCGAUCAAAAGACAGUCAAUCGUCUUUAGUUAUGGAUAGUCAGCCAUCGCUUGUGAUCGACAUUCCCGAUGAAGAGUCGUCUGAAGAAGAAGUCGAUGACGAAGAGUUUGAUGCAUUGGUUGAUAAAUCCGAUGUCUAUCCGUGUUUGUUCUGUUUGAAAAAAUAUAAGAACAAAAGCAACGCAUUUGACCACUAUAUGAGACAUUUGACCACAUAUUUGGAGUGUGAGAAAUGCAAUUUAAAGUUUAAAACAAUUGGCGACUUUCGCCACCAUAAUCGUGAUCACAGUGACAAUACUAAUCUCAAAAAUUUUUAUGAAUACAAAGCUGCCCGCAAAUGGGUUGACCGGUUUCUAGAGUAUAUGAAAAAUCCCGAACUCAGGACCCGUACUACUAGUAUAUUGUAUAUGUUUUGUCCAGUUUGUCAAUUUGUGUCCAAUGUUUAUAAUAUCGAUGCAUUCAAAAAUCUAUCCAUUGAUGAGACUGUUGAGAGUCAUAUCUAUCAUCAUUUACAGUAUUAUCCAUACGAGUGCAUCGAUUGUAGUUAUGAUGACAUCGACACCGAGUUUGUUAUGGAUGACAGUGCCCGACAACAUCUGAAAGAUAAACACAAUAUCAGUGACUAUAAGACUUGUGAAUUGAGUAUCUAUUUUAUGAAACAUAACAAUAGUAUCAAAAAGUUUGAUGAAUUAAUACCAGAAGCCGCGGACAUUACUUAUAAAAUGACAAAAGAGUUUUACGAGUUGUUUGGCGCUAAAGAUUAAGUGAUAUAUAUCUUUAAG